CGUGCGUCACAGAAUGGCCUCGGACACCCAGGCAGCCCCUGACGUGUCGGGGAGGAGCCGGGCGCGGAGGUACGCGGAGUGGCGCUCAGGGUUGCGGAGGGGAGCGGAGCUGAACGGCUGGGCGGGCCUGGCCUGGCCAGCAGAGCGGAGACGUCGGUCGAGCGGCGGCGAACAUGCGCUUUUGACACAUCGGAGGCUUUCUUGAUCAUGGAUGGUGAAGAUAUACCAGAUUUUUCAAGUUUAAAGGAGGAAACUGCUUAUUGGAAGGAACUUUCCUUGAAGUAUAAACAAAGCUUCCAGGAAGCUCGGGAUGAGCUAGUUGAAUUCCAGGAAGGAAGCAGAGAAUUAGAGGCAGAGUUGGAGGCACAAUUAGUACAGGCUGAACAGAGAAAUAGAGACUUGCAAGCUGAUAACCAAAGACUGAAGUAUGAAGUAGAAGCAUUGAAGGAGAAGCUAGAACAUCAAUAUGCACAGAGCUACAAGCAGGUCUCAGUAUUAGAAGAUGAUUUAAGUCAGACUCGGGCCAUUAAGGAGCAGUUACAUAAGUAUGUAAGAGAGCUGGAACAGGCCAAUGAUGACCUGGAGCGAGCAAAAAGGGCAACAAUAGUUUCACUGGAAGACUUUGAACAAAGGCUAAAUCAAGCCAUUGAACGAAAUGCAUUUUUAGAAAGUGAACUUGAUGAAAAGGAAUCUUUGUUGGUCUCUGUGCAGAGGUUAAAGGAUGAAGCAAGAGAUUUACGGCAAGAACUAGCUGUUCGGGAAAGACAACAGGAAGUAACUAGAAAAUCAGCUCCUAGUUCUCCAACUCUGGACUGCGAAAAGAUGGAUUCUGCUGUCCAAGCAUCACUUUCUUUGCCAGCUACCCCUGUUGGCAAAGGAACAGAGAACAGUUUUCCUUCACCGAAAGCUAUACCAAAUGGUUUUGGUACCAGUCCACUGACUCCUUCAGCUAGGAUAUCGGCACUGAACAUCGUGGGGGAUCUCUUACGGAAAGUAGGGGCUUUAGAAUCCAAAUUAGCAGCUUGCAGGAAUUUUGCAAAGGACCAGGCAUCACGAAAAUCCUAUAUUUCAGGGAAUGUUAACUGUGGGGUGAUGAAUAGCAAUGGCACGAAGUUCUCUCGAUCAGGGCACACGUCUUUCUUUGACAAAGGGCAAGAAAAAGUCAUAUUUCCCACGUUGUUCAUGGGGCAGUAAACGGCUUUGACCCGGCUCCUCCUCCUCCUGGUCUGGGCUCCUCGCGCCCGUCGUCAGCACCGGGUAUGCUGCCGCUCAGUGUGUGAGUGCCCGGCCUCCAGCUGGGGGCUCCUGCCCCCCCUCCAAGCACCAGGACACCCACGCCUCACCCCUCGGUGCCUGGGCCCAGCUCGUGCCCCUCCGCCCGCCUCCCCACGGCUGGCAGAGGGCAGGCUGCAUGCAGUGGCGGCUGCUGGGCCCGGUCCGGCUCCAGGACUCUGCGCGAUAUCAAUACUGGCUAUUUUCUCUUCUCGCCGUAGUGCCGUUGGUUUCACAUGAUUGCACUUUUGUGGGUCACAAGGUGAUACAUGCGUGUAUUACUCGGUCACUGGAUGCAGAAGUACCCAUUCAUCACAGCAUCUCCUAGCCCCGCCCUGCUGUACUGAUAGGAUUUAGUUGUGUUUAGGACAUUGCAGAUCUUCUAGAAGUUCUUCCCCAAAUCAGGUCAACUUGUGGUCUCCUCCUGAGCUCCCAGCCAGGCGUCUCCAGUGCUGAUGAUCAUGUGUUCCCCCCACCCCCCCAGGUUGGGCCUGUGGCUGGUGAAGAGUCAGGAAGGCCACUGAACUAGGGAGCAUUUUCUGCACCUUCUGAUUUUACUUUCUCAGUUAUCAUUCCAUAGACUUGCCUCCCCGAGCAGCCACAAAGGCCCGUCUGAGAUAGCAGGAGCUUUGGGGCCUGAGUGCUCUCAGGGCUGGGCCCUGCCGUCUCCUCCUCUACUGCCUCAGACUUGGGGGAGGGGGUGGCGGCCGCCCCCUUGGCAGCUCUCUGGUCCUUCAGUGAAAUGACAUCUUCAGAGCGCUUUUGUUUUGUCUCCGGAGGGCAUGUCCUGUUGUGUCAGGAAGGGUUGCGUGGCCUGAUUCCAGGGGCCGGCUGGCGCCAGCUCCGGGGGGCAGACUGACCAUAAGUGGUCCUCCCUGUGCAUCCUUUGAUUACUCUCAUGCUGCAUUUACUGUUUACAUUUGUUUUAUUGUACAUAGGUUUGUAAACAUUAUCGCCUAAGAUAUUUGUAUAUAACUUGGGCUUUGUAGCUUUUAUUUAUUCAGAACUCAUAUGGCAUGUUAAAGACUUAACAAUGGUGUCCUACUCCGGGCAGCUGUAUAGGGUCAUCAUGUGGUUAAAAAAAAUACUUCCCCUCGAAAAAAUCUUUUAAUGUGGAAACAAUAAAUUUCACAGAAAAAAAAAAAAAAGGAUUGAGGUUGCUUUAUUGGGUUUCUGCCAUCCUGCGAGAGAACAGCUGGAGUGGCAAAGCCAGGUUCCAAGUUCGUUUCUGUUCUGACAUGGGACACAGGAUGGACAGCAGCCACAGAACCGGGCAUAGAAAAUUCUUGCAGCCUCAUGAUGUGUCUAAUGUGCUGAGCAGAUGUCUUCAUGCUGAUUUUUAUCUUUUUUUUUUUUAAUUGAAGUAUGGCCCAAUUUUACACAAAUUGCAGAUAUACAGUAUUGUGGUUCACAGUUUUUAAAAGUUAUAUUCCAUUAAUAGUUACAGUAGAAUACAGGCUAUAUUCCCUGUGUUGUACAAUACGUCCUUGUGGCUAAUUUAUUCCUCAGGAUGACUCUGGUUUCUGCUCUUAGCUGUGAUUUCCGGGAGCAGCCUGAGAAUGGCCCUGGCCCUGUGCAGACCUCUGGCAGGAAGGGCCUGGACUUUGAAGGAGACGACUUGCUAAGUCCUGGAGUGACUGCAGUGGGUCCAGGAGACUGGUCCUUUUGUUGGACUGCCUUUCACAAAACUGCUGGUAUUCUGGGAUCAGAGGUUACUUGGGUCUGGGCUUCUCUCCUCAUCCCUUGAUAGAACUUGAGGAACAAGUAAUACUCGGGGGGUCUGUACGACUGUGUUAGAUUCUGAGCUCCGCUUAUAACAAAGAGCAUAAACAGAAUCGUUUUUGUCAUUUAAAAACUAUAUGUAAAUGAAAACUAAGUGAUUCCAGUUUCUAAGUGAAUAAACAUUGAGGUGUAGGAUACAUUAAAAUAUUUUUCUUCUGUCAGUUCACUGGCAGGAAUAGCU